UUGGGGGGUGGGAACGGACGAAGAAACUGGUUUAGAAAAAAAACACGAGGGAGCAGUGCAAUGUCCAGACUCCCGUGUUCCGUGCAGUCAAAUCUCCCAAGUAAUGUUGUUUGGCACCAUUGUGAGGGCAGAGAGAGAGGGGGGCGGAGAGGCAGCCGAUGGUCGGCUUGUCUCCCUCUCCUCAAACCAGCAGCCAGCAGCAUUUCCCGUGGAAAGGAGAGGGAGUAGGAGCCUGGCGCUGAGCUAGAGGGCGGAGCAACACAGGACACCUCCAGCAGUCCAGCCCCGCUCCCAUUCAUAGCGACAGCACACCGAGGGAGGGAGCAGCACACCUUGUGUGUGUGUGUGUUCGGAGUGGGCAAGAGUGGGAGGACCUGGAGCCCGAGAGAGUGAAGCAGCUAUCGGUGCAGGCGCUGUGUGAAUGCAGAGUAACCCCCACCCCCACUCGAACCCGUGUGUCUCCAGUGAAGGGGGGGAAUCUCCGCACGGAAUGGGAUUCUCUGGGGCUUGCUGAAGCACUUGCUGCUGGAGGCAGGCAGCAGCUGCCGCUCUCAGUGAUGGCCCUUUGAGGGAGAGGCCCAGCGAAUGGCCAGCGCGGCUCCGGCCAGGUCCACCCUGAAGGGCCAGAUGAACAAGGGCAAGCGCAGGAAGUCCUUCUCGGGCAAACUGUUCAGGAGGAGGUCGCUCAGGUCGGUCGGCAGCUUCGUGCGGGGGGUCUUCAAAACUUUGUUCACUUUGGCACCUUUCGGAGAGGGGACCCCUGACGGAGAUGGAGGAGGUGGAGGUGGAGGGGAGAAACAGGCGGAUGAAGAGGAGGAGGAGGACGAUGGAGGCUUCAGGGACGGGGCUGUCACCCUGGCCACUUGCAGCGAGCACCGGGAGGAGGAGGAGGCGGCUGCCGGGGGUAAGAGCCUGAGCUUGCCCCGGGGAAGGGAGCGGCUGCCCGGGGACAAACCCCCCGGGGUGCUGGGCUUGAAGAACCACGGCAAUACGUGCUUCAUGAACGCCGUGGUGCAGUGCCUGAGCAACACUGAGCUCUUCGCCGAGUACCUGGGCUUGGAGCAGUACCGCUCCGAGCUGAAGCAGCUCCGAGCCAACGGCACCCUGGGCAGCAAGGAGCCGGUGUCCCACUCCAAGGCAGAAGUGACCGAGCAGUUGGCAGCGCUGGUCCGUGCUCUCUGGACCCUCGAGUACACCCCGCAGCUCUCCGUGCAGUUCAAGAACAUAGUAGCAAAAUAUGGGUCCCAGUUUCGUGGGAAUUCUCAGCACGAUGCACUUGAGUUCCUUCUGUGGUUACUGAACAGAGUGCAUGAAGACCUCAAUUGUUCACCCAACAAAAACUCAAAAUCUUCCAUUAAGCCUUCCAAUGUCGGGGGUGAAACUUCUGCAGGAAGCCAGCAAAGCUCACAGCAAGUUGGAAUUCACAGUUUUGUUCAAGAACUUUUUCAAGCACAAUACAGGUCAUCUUUAACUUGUCCUCACUGCCUUAAGCAAAGCAACACAUUUGAUCCCUUCCUGUGUAUCUCCUUGCCAAUCCCCCUCCGCCAGACCAGGGCCUUGAGUGUAACCUUGGUUUUCCAGUCUAAGCAUCAAAAGUACUUGAGAAUAGGCCUGGCAGUCCCACUUCUUGGAAAUGUUGCUACACUUAGAAAAAUGGUGGCCGAUGAAGGGAACAUAACACCAGAUCAGAUCAUUUUGACGGAGCUUUACACAAAUGGAUUUGAACGUUCCUUCUCUGAUGAGGAAGACUUGAAUGUAAUUGGUGAAGGUGACUGUGUUUAUGCGUUUCAGGCUCCAUUUGUCCGAGGCAACUGUGGUGGUACAACUCGACAGUCAGGGCGUUACCAGAGUAUGACUGCACCUUCUUACAAGGCAGCUUCCGAAGGCUUUGAAGCAACUCCAGUUGAGUUCAUACAACAUGGUGCAACUGGCAAAGUCCUUCUUCUCAUCUGUAACUCAGCAGGAACAGGGCAGCAAGCUGUCAGGUUUGGUCCACCAUUUUUGGUAAGGGAAGAUCGAUCGUUGACCUGGGAUCAGCUGCAGCUUUGCAUCCUAAACAAAAUGUGCUGUCUGAUGAGAAAUGAGACCCACUCGCAGAAUUUUGGGCAUCUGUUCCGAAUCCGUGUGGUUGGAGGACUGACAACCAACUGUUACCUCUCUCCUCAAGACAUUAGACCACUCUGCCAGCCAGCAAUCGACAGGGCAUUGCGUUCCUGUGGCCUAGGUGGGCCCCCACAUAUAAAACUUGUCCUGGAAUGGGAUCAAAAGACGAAAGAUAGCUUGUUUGGAAAUAUUCAGGAAGAAGUUGUCCAGGAUGGAGAGAGUGUUCGGAUUCAACAGCAGGCACAUCAGCAGGCACACAGCUGUACAUUGGCCGAGUGCUUUGAACUAUACACCAAGGAGGAACAGUUAGCCCCAGAUGAUGCAUGGCGAUGCCCUCAUUGUAAAAAUCUUCAGCAGGGGAUGGUCAAGCUUAAUCUAUGGACGCUGCCUGACAUUCUUAUAAUUCAUCUGAAGCGAUUCCGACAGAUGGGAGAGAGAAGAACUAAACUCUCUACUCUGGUAAAAUUCCCACUAAGUGGCCUCGAUAUGACACCUCAUGUAGCAAAACGAACUCAGAACACCAAGAAUUUUUUAUCCCACUGGUCACCAUGGCGGAGACCACGUUUUCCUUCAGGAAGUAAUCAUGAAAACUACUUGUAUGAUUUGUAUGCCGUGUGCAAUCACCACGGGAGCAUGCAAGGAGGUCACUAUACAGCAUACUGCAGAAACUCUGUGGAUGGGCAGUGGUAUGAUUAUGAUGACAGUAACGCAGAGCUGAUUCCAGAAGAAGAGGUUUGUACUCGUGGCGCCUACAUACUCUUUUACCAAAAAAGGAACACCAUUCCCCCUUGGUCAGCCAACAGUUCCGUGGCAGGAUCCACAAGCUCGUCUGUCUCUGAUCAUUGGCUUAACCGGCUCACCGGAGAUAGUAAACGAGGGAGCUUGGUAUCCCGUGCAUCCACUAACUGUACAUCCCUCCCUUCAUCUCCUGACUCUCCCGUCUUCCCAGAUAAUCCAAUAAAGGAUAAAAAUGGUGGCUUUGAAAUACGACCAUUUGUGCGUGGUAUUCAAGGACGAAGUAUUAGUAUGAAAGGGUCAUCUGCUUCAUCUGUACCUAAAGAGACAGCUGGAAAAAAUGCAGCAUUACGUUGGUCGCUGGGUGCUAAAGACAGACCACAAUCAAUCCCUGGUGCGCUGGUUGAAUAUUUGGAGUCUGGUCGUAGACCCAAGUGCACAAAGGAGUCCAUUGUACCAAUAAUGACAGGCAGCACAGACCCUGACUCUCUGCCACCAACAGAUAAAUCAAAGCAGUCAAAUUCAGAUUGCCAUGCUGACUGCAAAAAACAGACAGGCAAAGGUUCAACUGUAAACCAAAGCAUGGCUUUUGCGGGAAACAGGAUUGGGGAUGCAAGUGUUGAGAGAAUGUAUGAUUCUUUAAAAAGCCUCCGUACUACCCAUCAUAAAGAGAAUUCUGUAGACGAAAAGUCAAAUACAUUGAAGAGAAAUGGAAAGCAAAGAGGAAGCGGAGGUACUUUUCAGAGAAAAUCAUCUAAAACAGCAACGGACAAAUCAGAAGUUGUACUUAUAAAAGCAGAAGAACCCAUACAUCAAAGAGAUGACAGAACAUGUACUAAUACUGGUGGACUGAGUAUUGGCUCAAUGAGCAGCUUGGCUCUAAGUGACACUUUGAAGAGAAAGAAAGGACACCAUGGUAGCAAGAAGCUUGAAAAGUCACUCUCCUUGAGGAGCAGUGAUCUUGAACCAAUGUCAUCACCAAAUCUUCGAGAAACAGAUAAAGGUAGCAAAGCAGAAGAAACAAAAGUCAAUGAAAGAAAGUUUGCAUUUCUGAGGACAAACUUUUUGAAGAAGGACUCUAAAAGGCAAAGUGAAUUGGAGAAAUCUUGGUCUGCCAAAAAUGUCAAUAUGCCGUCAAGUAUAUCUCUCUCCAAUGGGGCUUUGAAUGGUAAGCACAAAGAGGAGUCUCCAAGCGAGAGCAGGGAACAACUUGGAGUGAAUAGAACCAAAAGCUGUGCUAAAAACAGGCAGGAAUUAAAUAAUGGCAGGAUUAAUAUAUCAGGGGAAGAGAUUAGACGAUCACAGAGUUCAUCCAACAUAAUGAUCAAGGAGGAGUUGACUUUGAAGAGGUCAAGUUCACUUCAGAAGACUGGACCAAACUCUCAACAGGCUCGAAGCAUAAAUGUAGAAAAAUAUGGUACAUUGCAGAGGAUGAAAUACAGCACUUCCUCUCUUGGAAGGAAAAAACCUGUGCCUGAAUCAAGUUUUUAAAGGUAUUACAACUGUGGAUGGAUUGGACACAAUGAAGUAAUUGUAGUUUUAUAAUUAGGUGCACUAUUUUUUCUGUUAACUGUUUUGCAUUCUUCAAUGAAUAGCCAAUAUUUGUAAAUAAUGUUUGAAAUUUUACAGAUAUCUAAGGACAAACAUCAGAUAUAUAGAUUUGCUAUCUUUGUGAGCUCAUAAUUUUCCUUUUAAAAAUAAUUGGCUCAUUUUAAUUGGUAUGCAAUAAGAUUUUAAAGUGAGUGAACUCCUAAAAUAUUAAAAAAUCUAUAUCCAUCUCAUAUUACUGAAUUUUAAUCACUGCUUUGUUAUAAAGGAUACUUUUGUAAAACAAAAAUUUGAAUUUGUAAUGUCUUCAUGUUUUAAUGGUGUAACCAAAAAUGUUCAUAGUUACAGGAGACAUUGUACAGUUUUAUGGCUGCUUAAAAUCAAAUGUCAGCUGUUAACAUUUGUUCUGUACUGAAUGAUCAUUUAUGUAAGGAAACAUGGCACAAACUUUCAUAAUGAUUAAAAACACUUUUGGACACAUUC